AUGAAAUUAAUCAAAGAUUCUGACCCUACCCUCCCAAAUUCCUCCCAACCGGCCUUUAUAUAUGAUAUAGAAGAAGAAGAAAUCGAGAAAGUAAAAAACGAAAUACGAUUGAAGUUCAACGAAACAAUAUGUAACGCCCUCCCAAGAAUCCCAAUAACUGGCCCUCCCAUGACAAUUUAUCUCAACGAAUCGAACGAUCCUCCCAAAAGAAUAACGACGGCAAGGCAGAUACCAAUCCAUUAUAGGGAGGAAGCCAGCAAAAUAAUCGAUAAGGCACUAAACGACGGA